AUGGGCCGCACUUAUCGUACUCACCACCCCAAAUUCGCCCCUGGAAACACCGUCAACUUGCGCAGUUAUCGCCGCAGCCUGCCCUUCCAGCGCGAUGACGAGGGUAACAUCACCGGCUACGACAAGCUCCUGAACGAUUCUCGCAAAAAUGUCGAACACUACGAUUCAUCCGGCACCCUAUACGCGAAUGCCACGGAAGCACUACAGGGUGACCGGUUCUACGUUGAGCAAGGUGACAAUGGAUACCGGUUCAAGGAGACCGAGACGGGAAAAUAUCUAGCUCUGAAGGGACAUUGGAUUGGACUCGAUGAUGAAGGAACCGAUCUCUGGUUCGAGGAGUGGCCAAAGGAGGAAGGCAGGUAUAUCAUCACGCCGCGAGGCGAUAAUAUCUAUCCUGGGGAUGGACCAGGAUAUCAUUUGUGGUUUGAGGGGGCGCCCGAUGCGGUGUUUCGGAAUGGUGACGAUGAUUUGAAUGUCAAGGGGGAGGGGCAGCAUGCGAUCUUUUGGGUUGAUACUUUGGUGGGGCUGUAA